AUGCCCAUCUCCAAGUCCACGGUAGGCGACAAGAAAGUGAUGCUUCCGCCAGGCAUCUACACGCCCGUCAUCUCGCUCUACAAGCCUACCAAAACCCAGGAACUCGAUUUGGAUGCCAUGUACAAACACUGCCAGUACCUCGUGCGAGCCGGCCAACAUGGUCUGGUCUACCAAGGCACAAACGGCGAAGCAGUCCCUCUUUCACGCUCGGAAAAAAUGGCUAUCCUGCAUACCGCCCGCCGUGCAGUCACCGAUCUCGGGCGUCCGGAUUAUCCCUUGGUCGCAGGUAUAAGCGGGCAGAGCACAAACGAAACUAUCGAGUUGGCGCAAGACGCCCGCGAAGCCGGCGCCUCGUUUGGACUGCUGCUGCCGCCGAGUUUCUGGGCUAAAUCCAUGACCGAAGAGGCACUGCUGGGCUUCUACAGAGACGUCGCCGACGCAAGCCCGCUGCCCAUUGUCAUCUACAACUUCCCGACCGUGACAUCGGGCGUCGACCUGGAUUCCGAUAUUCUCGCUGCGCUGGCACAGCAUCCCAACAUUGUCGCCGUGAAACUGACAUGCGGAAAUGUCGGAAAGGCAGUCCGCCUGACGUCUCGCUUCUCGCCCGCACAGUUCUCCGUGUACGGCGGGUCCUCUGAUUUCCUGUUUCCCACGCUCGAGGCUGGCGGCGUGGGCUGUGUGACGGGCAUGGGCAAUGUGUUUCCGAAAGCUACAGCGAGGGUGUACGAUUUGUGGAUGCAGGGAAACAAGGAUGAGGCCAGGGCGUUGCAGGAUGUGGUGGCCAAUGCAGAGUGGGCGUGCAAGAAGAGCCUCGCGCUGACAAAGUAUGCGGCUGGCCAUUUUGUAGGCUCCAAGUUGGGAAUCAAGAGUGAGGCUUUCUGGCCCAGACGCCCGUAUUUGCCGCCGGGAGAGAAGAUGAGGGAGUGGACGAUUGGUGUCAUGGGCGUCUUGGAGGCGGAGGAGAAUGCCAUUGCUGAGACAUGA